AUAAUAAUGAAACUAUCAUUCAUUACCUAUACUUGGAUUUUUGUCCUCUUGUCAACGGUACUGUGCAAAACUCAUCGAUCAUCAAGAAUACGUAGAAAUCAUGGCAGACGCGCAAUCAAUUUCCAAGCGAGGCAUUACCGAAACGAUUCCCUGUUGAGGAAGAAACGAGCUGACUCUUAUUUAACGCAGAAUCCGCUUAAAGAAGUGCAAUCAAUCAUUUUAGAGAAGAGUAUGAAUAAUUCAACGAAUGCAAAAUUCUCAGAAACUCCAAGGAGCCAAGUGCAGCUUGGAGAGUUGGCCAAAAUCUUUGGAAUAACCGAAAAAACCGCAAAUAUUACCAACUUCAAUGAUUUCCCAGACACGGACUCCUUUGAAAAACAUGUACGUGUUAAACGUGAUAAUCCAGACUUCAACGAGGUUGUAAAUCCCAUUCCGGAUGAACCUGUUGAGUUGCAUCUCCAGAAAUCUUCAGUAGAUGACGACGAUUCGAUAUCAAAAAAUCACUUCGAAGAUAUUUAUCCCGACUCCGCUGGAUUAAUCGAUUACGACACACCACUCACUCGAGUUCUGAAAACAAAACGAGAAAUAAGAAAAGAAUCUCCAUCAGUGGUUGAUAAGAAUGUCGAGGACCCAAAGAGCCGGGAAAAACGGAAGAAAAGUUGCAACAAGAUUGGUGACUUGGCCGAUGUCCAUGAGAAUGAGUUAGUAAAGAGUAAAUUGAAUUUGAAAACGAUACAAACUAGAUCCAUCGAGGAAGCCAAAGAGCUCGCUAGCAAAUUAGUUGCCAAGGUUAAUGAGAUUGAAAAUUUAAUGGAUGGAUCUUCAUCCUCGUCGGCCUCGUGGAAUGAAACGACGGCUCGAGUGAUGGGUCAUAUUUCGAGACCCGAGAGAUUCGCUAACUAUUCAGCUAGAAAUUCAAAGUCCACUCGAUCAAGGAAUGCGAAGAGACAGCGCAUCAGAAAAGCCCAUCGGCGAAAUCACCGGAAAAAACGAAAGUCCCACAGAAAAUGGGAUCGAUGGAGUGAUUGGAGCAGCUGCAGUGUAACGUGUGGCAGAGGUAGGCAAAUCCGAUGGAGGCACUGUAUUCGUGAUUGCACAACUGCUGAAACUGAAAUGGAGGAAAAAAUAUGCCAAUUGCCUGCUUGUGCCCCUGGUAAAUUCCUUGGUAUCUUUUAGAAAUCAUUUUUUUAUAGCAUUAUGUACUAAUGUAACUGUACCAUAGCUUCUCCGAAGUCUUUGGAAUAAGAUUUUUCAAUAGAAAUAAUGAUCAUCUCCACAGACUUGUUUGUUUUUCUUUUCUUUAAUUAAUUACCGUCUUUUCAUUUCGAAUAUCAAAUACAGAUCGUAUUGUACAGAAUAUUGUUAAGCACACAGUCUCACCACUAUCGCCGUCAUUUUCACAAUAAUCAACGAGUGCCGAUUUUUCAUCCCAUUUAUUUUUAGUUUGAAAAUCGUAAAAUAUACAAAUUAUCGUUUUGUUUUUUCAAAUCGAUUUAUGGGCAUAGGCGUUAUAUCCGUCCAUCAUUCACAAUUUUUAUUCCCUCAAUGGAAAUAAAACAUUCUUGCAAAGAACAAAUAA